GCUAGAUGGCAUUCUUUUAAUGUUCGUCUGCUAUGUCUCGUGGUUGCUCUGAUCUGGAUUCUGGAGGUCCUAGUUUUGAAAUGGAGACCGAAAUGAAGUCUCCCAAUAGUUCAACCGAAAAGAAAAUAAACAGCCAAGGAUCUGAAAAGACGAAAAAGAAAAAAAACUCAAAAGGCAAGUUGCAUCCAGGCCGCGUUAAAACAAGUGCUAUUGAGCAACAUGAAAUCAAAAACCUAGAAAUACGCUACACAGCUGUUGAAACAUCAGCCAUUCAAAAAUUUAGGGACAUUCCACUUUCAAAGAAAACGUUGCAAGGCCUCAAGCAAAACGAGUAUGUCACACCGACUGAUGUGCAAAAAGAGAGCAUUGUUCUCGCUCUUCGAGGAAUGGAUGUGCUGGGAGCUGCCAAGACUGGCAGCGGGAAAACCUUAGCCUUUGUUAUUCCCGUCCUUGAAAGGCUAUAUUGCUUGCAGUGGACCCGACUAGAUGGGCUUGGUGCUCUGAUCAUUACCCCUACCCGUGAGCUUGCAUAUCAGAUUUUUGAAACAUUCAGGAAGGUUGGAAUUCAGCAUGACUUUUCUGCUGGUCUAAUCAUUGGAGGAAAGGAUCUCAAUUUUGAGAGAAAACGAUUAGACCAGUGCAACAUCAUGAUCUGCACACCUGGAAGAGUACUCCAUCACAUGGAUGAAAAUCCAUUAUUUGACUGCUCCAACCUUCAAAUCUUGGUUAUUGAUGAGGCCGAUCGCUGUUUGGAUCUCGGUUUCCAGCAAACGAUGAAUGGCAUCAUUGAAAAUCUACCUCCCAAAAGGCAAACGUUGUUAUUUUCCGCUACGCAAACCAAGUCGGUCAAAGAUCUCGCGCGGUUGAGUUUAAAGGACCCGGUCUACGUUUCUGUUCAUGAACACGCACAAUACUCUACACCUGAGUCUUUACGUCAAAGCUACAUUAUAACUCCCAUACAAAACAAAAUCGACAUUUUGUGGUCUUUCCUUCGAAGCCAUAGGAAAAAAAAGCUUAUCGUUUUUUUGACUUCUUGCAAGCAGGUUCGAUUCAUCCAUCAAGCUUUUACCCGUCUACGACCAGGCCUUCCCGUGUUGGCCUUGUAUGGCACUAUGCACCAAAUGAAGCGCAUGUCAGUCUACGAAGAGUUUUGCGAAAAAGAAACUGCCGUCUUGUUCGCCACGGACAUUGCCGCACGAGGAUUAGACUUUCCCAACAUUGAUUGGGUUCUUCAAAUGGAUUGCCCAGAUGAUGCUAGUAGUUAUAUACAUCGAGCAGGCCGGACUGCACGCUAUCAGAAAGGAGGUGAAUCGUUGCUGAUGUUGUUGCCGUCUGAGGAAGCUAUGGUUGAACAGUUGGCUCAAAAGAAAAUUCCCAUCCAGAAAAUUGAAGUAAACCCCGCAAAACUUUUUUCUAUCCAACGCAAACUCGAAGCUAUGCUUGCUCGUGAUGUGGAAUUGAAACAAAUGGCCCAGCGCGCAUUCGUCACUUAUGCAAAGUCAAUUUUCCUCAUGAAAGACAAGUCAAUUUUUGAUGUCACCGCCAUCGAUUUGAACGCUUUGGCACGGUCGUUGGGUUUGGCUCUUGCACCACGAGUCCGUUUUCUACAAAAACAUUUGAAGGCAACAACAACGGCUGAACCACCACAAGCUCCUCGCAUGCUGAAACCAAAUUAUGACAGCCCAGAUAACAAGGAAGUCGGUGUUGAAUCGAGUGAGCAGAAGUGGAGGAGGAAUGACUUGGAAGCAGCUUAUAAUUUCCAUGCAGAAAAUGAAGAACAGGAUUCCGACAGUGAUGAAGGCAUUUUCAAACUCAAGCGCAAAGACCACGCAUUGCCUGGCGUAGUAGAAUCCGAAGAAGAGGUUGCUGUUGAGAAAAAGAAAAAGGAAAAAAUUUUGACAAAAGAAAAAGUAGCCAAACGCAUCCUUGCCAAAAAACUCAAAGCCAAUAAAAUUGUCAACUUUGACGAUGAUGGAAAUAGGAUUUACGAUGCCUCCCGCGAAAAGGUUUCAGAGCUCGGUCGAAACCUGGAAAUUGAAGCCUUGAUGUCGGUUACUGGCGGCAUCAAUUUGGAUGAAGCCAAAAGGGCAAUGGAAGAAGAAGAUAAAUACGACAAAGAACUUUUCCGUCAACGCAUCAAAGCCAAACAUCGCGAAGAUCGCCUUAAAGCCAAAGCAGAACGUAGAUUAGCUAACCGGGUAGACAAGGAAGACGAAAAAUCUGUGGAUGACGAAGAGGAAGAUGAGGAAGAUGAGGAAGAUGAGGAGAGUCUUGAUGGAUCAGUUGCAGAUAUUAUCGACGCUUUGCCUGAUCCCGAUCGCAUCUACGGUUCCAACCAAGGCGGCAGCGAUGAAGAUGGCGAUGUCUAUAGGGGGCCAGCCGUUGCAAAGAAACGUACACGACUGAGCGAAAGUGAAGACGAUGAUGAAGAAUAUAGCGAUGACGAAAGUGAAGAGGAAGAAGUACCUAUCAAGCAAAAAACGAUUUCAAAGUACGACAUUAGGAAACGAUCCCAAUCGAGUGGCGAUGACGAUAACCAAGAUCAACCUUCACCAACAAAGACGAAAAAGAAAUGGGUCAAGAAGAAACCUCCAAAAAAACAGAAACCGGCCAAAAUUAAUAAAUUCGACACAGGCUUGGAUCUGGCUAUGGACGAAGAAUUGGCUCUUCAUAUUCUUGGCUCUAAAAACUGAGAAGCCUUCGUGAAAUACACCGUCAGCUAAAUGGA